AUGGUCAAGAAAUUGUUGUUAAAGUUCACAACAUGGUACAAUGAGGCUGCCCAUGAACUGUGCACUAAAGAUAGCCUGGCUCCAAAGCUGCUUGGUGUUGAAGAAGUCUCCAAGGGAUUGAAGAUUAGUACUUGCACAUAUGGAGGAUGUGAAGAGGGCCAUCAGUUUAUUGCACAGAAAUGA